AUGAACGGUGACACGGGACUCGUGAGCUGCCUGGUGGAAAGGCUCACGACUCGGCUUCCCUAUCGCACCGGCACCUGGAGCGAGGACAUCGGCCAAGACGAAAUAGUUGCUACAACCCGAGCCACACUCGUCAAGCUCAGCGCAACCUCCAUCACCGGCGUUCUCGAUGCCCUAUUGGGUCUCUUGGUCGAACUCGCCCGCCCGUACCCAAAUGUCACCUCGCACCCUCCUCACGUCCUCCUCUCCGAGAUAUACCUAUUUGGCCUCGUCGCCGACUGUUGCGCCCACCAUUGGGCCCGCCAUGCCGCCCCUGGCGCUGCCCUGCUACCACGCGACCUGACCAAUCUGCCGCCCCCGCAGCCCAUUCCCAGCACACUGGUGCCUAGGAUAUUCGACUUUGUCAGGCUCUUCUUCAGCCCGCUGCCUAGCGACUAUGUCCUGCCGCCAAAGACCCUCCUCGACGAAGCGCAUGCGUCCCUGACGCUCUCGACCCCGACAGAUGGCAAAUCCAAACCUCUUGGCUCUUCACGAGUCACCAAUGUUGAGAUGAGCAACAGUGAGCUGCUCGAGGCACACGCCCCCGCUCUCGAGGUCCAGGUUCGCACCAUUAUCGAGUUCGUGACAGCAUCCAACUGGUCCGCAUCCUUUGACUGCUACCGCGCAGUCGUCUACAGCAUCCGAUCGGCCGCCGCACCGGGAACCCAGGGCCAGGGUGGAGCGUAUCACAUGCCCAACGAUGACGAACGCGCCGCUCUGGUUCUGCUGCGCAUGGUUGCGUACUUUUGGGUUGACUCGCAGAAGCUUGGCCAGGUCGUGCAGGAGCUGUGCUCGAGUUUCCUGCACUUCCGCAAGAACUUCCAGAACACCGUCGCCAUCGUGGCGCCGCUCCUUAUCUCGCGCUGGAUCGAUAGGUUCCCCGGCGAGUUUGUGCAGCUGCAUAUAGCCCACAAACGCCUGGACGGCGGCGCCGACACACUCUUUGACAUGUCUCACACCGUUGUCGACAGCGGCAAGCGGAGAGCCCAGCUGUAUCCGUUGCAAAUGUCGCUGCUUUUUCUGCUGCCUGACGUGUUCGAGGUUGCAAGCAACUUUCGGGAGGUCAAGGGUGGCAGUUUGUCCAAGAAGGCCAACUUUCUCGACACUCUAAGAAAGUCGCUGCGCAACCGCAAUGAGCAGGCCGCAUACUGCCUGGUCUCGCUACUCCGGGUGGCUCGCCACUUUGACGUAGAAAGCGAUUCGACUCUCGAGGCGGCGCUGCUCAGUUUCGCCAUGGACGUGCAGGAUGAGGUGCGCGAUGCCGUCUUCCGCAAAUUCCCCGUCGGGUCCGACAGCUCUCUCUUUGACCAGGACAUACUCACCGCGGCCCUGGUGAGCCUGAUGCAUCUCAACUUCGACAUAUGUGUCGAGUCGCUGGCCCACGGGUGUUUGGCACCAUCGGCACCGCAAAGCUUCAAGAUCGCGGUCGUUCAGACCUGCACACACUUUGCCCGUUUGCAAGACGGCCACAGGUACCAUAAGCUAUUCAUUGGUGCAUCUGGCUUCAUGCAAAACCAGCUUGCAGCGGCCUCGUCGCUGUUUACCGAUGUGUUGACCCACGACCAGUCCAUGCGGCGUAGAGGUUCCGAAGCAGGAGCGGCCUCCGUCAACAUGAUUAUCAACAUCCUGGAGUUCCUCAACGUGUCGCCCAUGGCCCUUUUCGCAGGUUCCUCAAGCAGCGAUAAGGAUGAGCGAGGGAAGUUCUUUGAGGACAAUUUCGAGGCCCUCUUCCUGUGUAUGGUCGUCGCGGACGAGUCGGUGCGGAGGCCGGCAGUUGGGGUAGCCCGGCGGCUUUUUAACGACGACAUGAUUGUCAGUUCGCUCGCUUCAUCCAAGAGGAUUGAGUCGAAAGAUUACAAGAACAAGUUCUGGAGGUUGACAUCUCUUGUGUUGACGUCCAUGUGCGAUAUUCACCCGGGGACGGACCUCAGCACCAAUCUCAGGUCUAUACACAGCUACCUGGAGUCGAGGCUUUUGCUGUUAAGCGUGGUCAAGGACUUGGCCGAGCUUACAGAAGAGAUUCCAGAACGAACAGCGGCUUAUACCAGACUUGAAACUGUUCUGUUGGUAGCACUGUGCUCGCCCGAUAUUGAGACUUGCCAGCUGGUUACAUCAUGUUUUGGUCGAUUUCUGGAAGAAUGUCGCGCGAUAGACGCCGCGUCAGAGACGGGCAAGUCGUCACUGUCGCUGCUGCGCAAUGGCGAGGUCUUUCAGGAGAUCUCGUCGCGCGCGUUUCGGUUCACCGGUUUGGUCGCGUUCCAGAAGCGGAUGCGUGGCCUUCUGAGGCGGAUGCAAUACCCCAGUACCGGUAUACUAGACGCCUGGGAGCUCGGGUUCGAUAAGUGGCUUCAUCUGUCCAAAGAAGUGUCGACGUCAUCGCCUGAGGGCGUAUCGGAGAGAACGGUGGCCGAGUGGCGAAACUACUCGGGCUUUUUGGCAGCCUUGGGUGGCAUCUGCAUUGCUGACCAGGCUGUCAUACUGGAGGAGCCGGUGGUUAGCGGGUUGAGGUGGAUCGACAGGCUUCCGUCCGAUGAUGAAGAGGAACCGGUUCUGGCGAGGUUUUUGCGGCUGAGUGUCCAGAUCCUGGCCUGCCACAAUGUCAGGAUCAGGGAGACGAUGCGUGAGGUCCUGUCGAGCGAAGUGUCCCCGGCACUGUACCAGCCUCUUUUUAAGGCGCUCGAGGUAGAGCUGGAUGUGCUCUUUGCCGGUGCACUGGAGGGAUCCGUUAAGGAGCAAGACAGCGAGAUCGUGUUUGCUGAACAGGCAGCGUCACUAAUGAGGGCCCUGGUCGAACGUUUGGACACGCCCGCCGAGCUGGGGGCGGCCUCUUCGGUCCACCUCGGUUCACUGACGCUCAACUUUGCCAAGUUCCUCGACAGCGUCUCGGACAGUCCGAGCAGCUUGAGGGUCAAGAUCAAGAUAUGCCAGCUGUGCGAAGCAAUCACCCGCCGGAAGGAGCAUUUGAACCUUCGCGACGACGUUCGCAACCGUAACCAGCUCCUCGAGUUUGUCUUUGGCUGGAUCGCGCGACCGCGGACGCCUAAUCUGGACGUGCUAUCCCUACACGGCGGAGGCAAACAGGACGAGAUGGCGCGUGUGCAAAAGGACCUUGACAAGGCGGCGCUCAGGGCGCUUGCGGAGCUGACCUUCCGCCUACCGCUGCAGCCGAGCGAGGGCCACACGGACGCCGGAACCAGCGAGCUCAAGUCGCAGAUGUUCCAUACUUACUUCAACCGGUUCCUAUCGCUGUUGAAUCCCGAGCCGGCAACUAUCGGCGCUGGGGCGGACCUCGGGCGCGAUGAGCAUGCUACCAGUUCGGAGCUCGCAAUCACGAUUCUGUCGAACCUGCUGAGUGCAAACAUCGACGUCGGCCUGAAGCAUUCGCUCAGCAUUGGUUACCACGAGAACGUUGAUAUUCGGACGGCGUUUGUCAAGGUCUUGUAUAAUAUCCUUGUGCAGGGAACCGAGUUCAGCAAUCUGUCAGACACGGCGGUGAGCGAGAAGUACGACAAGCUACUCAAUCUCCUUACUCGCGACACCACCCUGGCGGUGGCCAUGAGCUCGUCCUGUCCCAGCAGUGAGGUGGACGAGUUGACAAUCGCGCUACUCAACAUCUUUGAGCGCCGGGGGCUGAGCUUUGAGCUGAUAGAGGCGCUGAUCAAGCAAGAGGUCGAGGAUACGGAGAACGAGUCGGAGCUCUUGCGGCGGACCAGCGUGGCCACCAAGAUGCUGUCCGUUUACGCCAAGUGGAAGGGGGCGGCAUACCUCAAGGCGACGCUGCAGAAGGUAGUGGAGCGGCUGAUGCUGACGUCCAAGGAUCUCAAUCUCGAACUGGAUCCUCAGCGUGUCGACCAUUCCAAGGAGGAGCUUAACAAGAACGCACUGCAGCUGAGGAUAGUGGCCAAGGUUUUCAUUGAGGAUAUCUGCGCCUCCAAGGCCAACAUUCCCGACUCAUUCCGGAAAAUUUGCAGCAUUAUCUCCAACACGGUCACGGCCAGAUUCCACGACUCCAAGUACACGGCCGUGGGAGCCUUUGUCUUCCUUCGCUUCUUCUGUCCAGCCAUCGUGGCGCCCGAGGUCGAGGGCCUGGUCAACAAACAGCCGACGAGGGAGAUGCGGCGUGGACUGCUGCUUAUUGCGAAGAUCAUCCAGAACCUUGCCAAUAACGUCCUCUUUGGGGCCAAGGAGCCGUACAUGUUUCCGCUGAAUGACUUUUUGACACAGAACAUAUACAAAGUCACCACUUUUCUGCGCGAGAUAUCUGUGGCCCCUGAACACAUGGAACCAAGUCCUCCGAGCGAGUCGUUCGACUUUGGAUCGUGCGUCGCCCUCCACCGGUUCCUGUACGACCACUGGGAUCACGUACGACAGCGGCUUGUGUCCCGUGAGAGGAGGGACUUUGCUGUGCGCUCGCCGGCCGCCGACUCAUCCAUGAGCCGCGUCAGGUCCCCCGUGCUAGAGCCACUGCGGGCCCUCAUCACGAACCUCGGUCCGCCACCGCUGGCUGUUACUUGGAAUAGGCCUCAGAUCUCGGCUAACAGCCCCCCGGCAUACUCGCGGUUCCAGGAGUUCAUGCUACGGAACGCAUUCAAGGGCUCAGAGUCGUUUAUCACAACGCGCGUCGUGUACGAUGGUGGUGAGAGCAAGGAUGGACUUUCCAUAAUUUGUGUCAUCUUGCGCAAUAUAGACGUUGAGGCGAUCGACUACGACACAUUGGUCUACUGCUACCUCAAGAUCGCGAGUAGGUUGUGGCACAGGCCUUUCGGUCUGUUCAUCGAUGCAACGUGCUACAAUGGCCAGAGCGAGCCGCAGGAUGAGCUGUUUUUGAAGCUCGAGAAGUUGACGCCUAUCGAGCUAUCGCGGAACCUAUCGAGGAUCUAUAUCUACAACAUGAACAGUGCUUUCAGGAAAUGCUUCCGUCGGGUCAUGCGAAUCUCAACCAAGAACGAGACUAGCGUGUUCAACCCUCGAAACGUCGAGUAUUACCUGAUGGUCGGCCUCCACGAGCUUCAGCUGCAUUUCCACCUCAGCCAGCUUCAUCUGCCCAAGGAAACCAUCAGCGUCGUGACGGACUCGCGCUACAAAUAUCAGUCUGUUACCAAAUUGUCCAAGACCAAGGGCAAGAUCGAAGUCGCCAUCCACGUCGGCAGCCAGUUCAUCCAGAUCACCACGGCAAAGAAGCAGGAGAUAUACCAGGGCUACCACCGGCUUACGACUACCAUCAACGACAUCUUUAGGCUGGGCGACAUCGACGAGGCACCGACGUCGAUCCAGACUGAGGACGACUCGGCCUUUGGGCUGAGAGCCGACGGUGGCAAGAUCGUCAUGUACUUUACGAGUCCCAGCAAGGUGGACGUGAUCCGAUCCAUCCUGGUGGCCAAGGCCAAGUACGGGAAAGACACCAGAUCACUCAAGUCGUUUGAGCGCCUCAUCCGCCCGCAGGAUGUACCGGGGACGCUGCUGAACCUGGCCAUGACCAAUCUGGCAAGCUCCGACAGCGUUUUGCGUCUCGCCUCUUACAAUCUCCUCGGGGCGCUGUGCAGGGCGUUCAAGUUCCAGGCAGCCUCGAGGCUCAUGUGUGCCAAGGAGAUCGCGGUGCCGCUGGAUCCCUCGCACUUCAUCAUCAACAUCAGCAAACUCCUGGCGCGGACAGAGCCGCAGCUGACGUCAGACUUCUUGAACGAGUUCUUUGUCGGUUGGGAUAGCUUUUCCGAGGAACAGAAGCCGCUGAGCCUGGCAUACAUGUCGCCGUGGCUGCCGAGCCUCCGCACAGCCAUCCUGCCGGCCGAGGCCGAUGGCGACAAGGGCCGCGAGAAGAUUGCUUCCCUGUUCCGCAAGCUCAUCGACGUGACGCUCAACGACCCCAACCCAACUCUCAACUUUACCCUGGAGCAGGUCGUGUGGCCAUCCAUUGCGUCCGACGAGGUUUUGAUGGAGAUACUGCUCGAGGAGAUAAUCAAGAUGGCUUUGGGCGUCAGCUUGCGCGACGGGCAGGCGCUGGUUCUGACGUCGAUAGUAACCUCGAUAGGGACCAUGUCUCUACGUGGCAAAAUCAUGGCGCGGCUGCGCAAGAGCAUCAACCGAUCAUCGCUGCGACCGUCAAAGUAUCUAUCGGAGAAUGCCGUGUGGCCAGAGGUGUGCCUGCUGUUGCAGUUCUGCGUGUCGCUCUCGUUCGACAGCGGUGUGCAGGCGCAGCAGUUCCUGCCCGAAGUCUUUCACGUGGUCACUAUGCUGGCCAACACGGGCUCGGCCGACGUGCGGCUCAUGGUACACCGGCUUUUGGUCAACACUAUCCACGCCGCCUGCACCUCGUUCCAUCUCGACGAGGCCAAACUCAACAGGCUCCGUGCGUCCCUCGAGGCCUUCUCGGAACCCAAGAACGACUUCUUCCCGCACCCAGCGCAUCACGCAUCGACGUUCCCUCGUGAUGGCGCCUCCUUUGUGUCGACGACGCAGGAAGCCGGCCCGGCCAUGGCGGCAACUGAGAGCUUGGCGACGCAGCUUUUCGAGGUGUGUGCAAUCGCAGCGCCCUCGACGGAUGUGUGCAACGCAUGGCGCUCCCGCUGGAUGAGUCUUGUGGCAAGCGUGGCCUUUCAAAACAAUCCACUCAUCCAGCCGCGCGCCUUUACAGUCAUGGGGUGCCUGGCUCGUGAGGAGGUCGACGACGACCUGCUGUACCAGGUUCUCGUGGCACUGCGCAACAGCGUCGGCCGCUUCGGUGGUGACCAGGACGGCAACGGUAGUGGCAACAGCGAGAUGAUGGUGGCGAUCGUGACGUCGCUGUCAAAGAUGAUGGCCAAGCUGCCGUCGGCGUCACGGUACGGCCUGCAGCUGUUCUGGUUGGCCAUAUCGCUGCUCCGACUGGUGCCGCCGAACCUCUUCAACUGCACCGCCGCGUUCCUCGAGGCGGUUCUGGGCAACAUCAACACAUCGGCCGAGGUCAGGGGCGAGCGUAUGGCGCCGUUCCUGCUCCAGGGGCGCGUCCAGCUCGAGGAGGCGGCGCUGCCGCUCGAUGACGCCUACGGGGUGCAUUUUACCAGCGAAAGUUUUCACUUUGCUGCUUGCGCCUGUCUGGUCAGGGGCUUGACGGACACGGUCACAAAAGCAACGGCUUUGAGGGUCCUGUCGACGUUCUUGGAGAUGACGAGCUGGAGACCGCCCACGGUUCAAGGCGAACAGCAGCACCCGAGCGCAAGUGACGUUUUGUGUUCGCCGUACAUGGCGCUGAUAUUGGCGCGUGCAGGAAGUCGGGAGGAGGUCAAGGACAGCUUCUGGGUGGCCGGAGUGAACCCAUCGGCGCUGGAGCGGUCGCAGCAGCAUCAGGGCGUCACCACCAGCGGCGGUAACAGCAACUUCUUCCGCAACGUGCGGGACGUGGCUGGCAUGAAGGACCGUGACCUGCUGCUCAACACGGCCAUCGAGCUCGUCGACUUCCAGUACCUCGAGGACGCAAUGCAGAACCGGACGCUGCGUUGGCUGAACGAGCUCGCGGCGGCGCGGCCUGGCGUGGUGGUGCACCUAUACGGGCCCAUCCACUCGAUCCUCGACAGCGUGCUGCUGCACUGCCAGAACAGCUCGACGCUCGAGUCGGCGCACCUGCUGCUCCAGACUCUGAGCGGGAACCCGAGGCUCGUCAGUGCGCAGCAGCAGCUGGAGGGUGGGGCCGGGGCGGCUGCGGGCAUUCUGGACGACAUACUCGAGGAGAUGGGCUUCGAGGGUCUGUGGAGAAGCUGCUCUUUCAACCUGGCCGUUGACGGGAGGGAAUGUUUUGCGUUGACGGAGAAGUUGAUCGAGCUUACUUUUCACCCUCACACCUGA